AUGCGCGCCCCGCCGCUGCUGCUGCUGCUGGCCGCCUGCGCGCCGCCGCCCUGCGCCGCGGCUGCCCCGACGCCGCCGGGCUGGGAGCCGGCAGCCGACGCGCCCUGGUGUCCCUACAAGGUGCUGCCCGAGGGCCCCGAGGCGGGCGGCGGGCGCCUGUGCUUCCGCAGCCCCGCGCGCGGCUUCCGCUGCCAGGCGCCCGGCUGCGCGGUGCACGCCUCGGCCGGCCACCUGCUGCGCGCCAGCGUCCUGCGCAACCGCAGCGUGCUGCUGCAGUGGCGCCUGCCGCCGGCCGAGGCGCGCCGCGUGCGCGCCUUCGCGCUCAACUGCUCGUGGCGCGGCGCCUACACGCGCUUCCCGUGCGAGCGCGUGCUGCUGGGCGCCUCCUGCCGCGACUACCUGCUGCCCGACGUGCACGACGGCGUGCGCUACCGCCUGUGCCUGCAGCCGCUGCCGCUGCGCGCCGAUCCCGCCGCUCCGGAGUCCUCCGGGCCCACCGAGUGCGUGGAGUUCGCCGCUGAGCCUGCCGGCAUGCGGGAAAUCGUGGUGGCCAUGACGGCGGUAGGCGGCUCCAUCUGCGUCAUGCUCGUGGUCAUCUGCCUGCUGGUGGCCUACAUCACCGAGAACCUCAUGCACCCGGCCUUCGGGCGUCCGGGCCUGCGCAGGCAGCCCUGAAGCUGGAGGCGGCCGGUCACCGGGCCUGUGUCUGCGGACAGGUGUGUGGGAGGCCCCAGGCCCCUCCGCCCGCUCUCCCCUCCUCGCUCCUGCUCCUUCCUUAGGAUCUUCACGCAGGGCCCGCUGGAGAUGGACAGGGUACUGGCGGCUGGCGUCAGGGUCUUGGAGUCAUCGCACUACCUUUCAAGCUGGGCCUCCACCUCCCAGAAUCCAGCUCAGGACUGGCCUUUGGACCUGGGCAGGGGUGCCAGCCGAAUCCAGGGCUCUUCCUGCUCUCCAGAAGCCUUUAUAGAGGCCGCCAGGACAUAGAGCCCCUUCUAGCAACAGCCAUCGGCACCCCGGGGUCAUCACCCUGCACCUCCAGCCUGUACCAAGCUGGAAGCCCAGGCAGGCUGUCGUCAUUGCUUGGUCACUGUGCGCUUUGCUAGCUCGAGGCCCCCUUGGAGCUUGUCCUCUCCCCACCGGUCCCAGUGGGCUUAGGUUAGCUUCGUGCCUUAGUAGAUCGGGCCCACUGCAGGUGCCAACAACCCGUCCCGUACUGUCCAAGGGGGUUCGUGGCCCUGAGACUGGCCAGAGCCCCCCUGGAACCCCCCUCAAGCUUUGCAGGAGCUACAGUAAGCAGCGACCUGUGGUGUGUCUCUACGUGGGUGUCUGACAAGUUGGGAGCCGUAUUGUAGUACAGGCAGGGCCUGGUGUCCAGCUGCCCCAGGGACCUAAGCACCCCUGGCCAAGGUUGCUUCCUGCGCUGACCGCCUGGUGAUGCCCAGCGCCGAGAGGGGUGCGGCCUGCCGGCUCCCCUGAGCUCCUGACUGACCACCCUGGACCCAGCUAUCUGGAGUCACUGUGGCUAACCCCUCCCACCCUCAUCCCAGCAACCCCAGGCCCUUGCUGGUAUCCCCGCAGUGUCCGCUCCCCACCUCUGUCUGCUCUGCGCGCCCUGGUGUGACGCUGGUCAGGCGUGAGCCUGGUGCCAGUGUCUCAAUGUCCAUCGUUCUUAGAC